AUAACACCUUGGAGAUCGCGCGAAGUCAAUGUGCCCAACUGCAUUGGAUUGAUGGAUAGAUACCUUAGAUGUGACCGUUAAUCCGUAGUAGUGUCUAACGAUUAGUGAGACCUAGAUAUAUGUACAAGAAAACUGUUCAGAAUUGUAAAAAAACACUGUCAGAAAACAAUUCACAUCAAAUUUAUUCUAUAGCUGAGACUGGUACCCAGUCCUUCGCCUUCGAGCGGCUGCACAGAGCUUGAGAAGCCUAAGCGCUUUAGGGCAGGCAAACCAUUCUAUUUAUGGUUGGGUUGCAUUUAAAAUCGGGACAACCAUCUACUGCGGACUACGGCGAUCAAGUGAAGUGUCUUAAAAUCUGAUCGGGUGACAUUGAGUACCACUGCAGUAUGGCGGACUUCCGAGGUGAUCUAGUGACGGAGGGGGACAUGCAAGAGGCGAGACGGGUCGUCACAAGUCACCCGUUAUGUGUGAGGACCCCACUGCUGCAGCUGGUACACGACAUGUUCCCGCAGCUGGCCGGACGCAACCUGAAGCUGUACCUCAAGUUGGAGAACAUGCAGACAACAGGUUCCUUCAAGAUCCGCGGGGUUGUGAACCAGAUGAAGCACCUUGAGGCUCAACUGGCGUCCGACAAGAUCCCCAUCACCAUGUCAGCUGGUAACUAUGGGAAGGCGUUUGCGACAUAUUUACACCAGCAAGGCAUCCCUGGGAAAUGCAUGAUUCCCGAUACGGCGCCGCAAAGCAGAGUACAUCUUAUACAGAGACUUGGCGUAUCGGUGGAGCAGAUGCCAACAGCCGAACUACAGACUGCCGUGGACAAUUACACCAAAGACGGCAGCCAUGUUUACUGUCAUCCCUUCGACGACAUCCACCUCAUCGCCGGAUACGCCAGUGUUGCCAUGGAGAUACUGGAAGAGCUGCCUGACCCUGACAUUGUUCUGGUUUGCUGCGGGGGUGGAGGGCUGGUGUCGGGAGUGUCUGCUGCCAUCAAGAGACUCGGGCCGUCAGCCUGUAGAGUGUAUGCUGUGGAGCCAGAAGGAGCUCCAUGUAUGUCUGAAAGUUUCAAGUUAGGCAAAGCAGUGAGCCACCCAGUGAACACAGUAGCCACGGGCCUCGGGCCACCGUUUGCAGGACAGUUGACGUAUCGGCACUGCGCUGAGUUUGUAGAGCGUGUGUUACUUGUGUCCGAUGCUGAGAUAGUCCAGUGUAUGGAGCUUCUGUACAACCGCGGACUCGUGGUGGAACCCUCCGGUGCUGCAGCGAUGGCGGCGCUCCUCAACGGCCAUGUCCCUGACGUUGACGGGAGGAAAGUCGUCGUCGUAAUCACCGGCGGAAAUGUCACACCUGGAGAAAUGAUCUCCCUGAUAAAUAAAUCAUGAUAAUAUAAUGUGGC